AUGUUAUAUCUUCUGUUAUAUCUGUUGGCGAUGAUUGUGAAACACCUGGAGUUGGUUUACAUCACCAAGUGUCUUCUGUUUGUGAGCCUGUAUGCAGCGAGUGUACCACACACGGUGCCUGCUAAAUUCACUUUGAGCAACUUCUUCGAUUCCACCCUAUCAAUGAUUCAUCCUCUUGUUAGUGCUGGAUCUGAUAGAUGUGAAUCCCUCAAGAGCUUUUUGGGCAUAACAUAUGAACAGAUGCAGGUGAAGAACAAAACGAACUGGUACGACGUGCUGAACAUAGACCUGGUCACUAAGAAUGGAAACAUCAAGUUUAAUCUGACAGCAACUAAGAGAAUGAACAGACUGAUGGCUCGAGCUCAAACCAUAGUCAUAUUAAUCCACGGCUUCAUGGAGAGUUCCAAUGGGUGGAUGGUGAACGCCAUAGCACCAGAGCUUCUGAAGAAGUCCAUGUAUAAAGUGUUUGCGCUAGAUGGAAGGAAGAUCAUUAAUUUAGAGUAUUUCAGUUCUUCUACAAAUGCAAGGUUCAUGGGAGAGUUGCUUGGCAGUUUCUUGGGUGACGUCAUUAGAAAUGGAGAAGACCCUUCUAAGAUCUACAUUAUAGGCCAUAGCCUAGGAUCCCAUAUCGCAGGGAUAGCAGGAAAGAAGGUCUAUGAAGUGACUGGCAAACGGAUUGGUCGGAUCACAGCACUAGAUCCUGCUGGGCCAUGCUUUAGUAACAUUAGUGACACUGGAAGACUGGCCAGGACUGACGCAGAAUACGUUGAUGUGGUACAUAGCAAUGCAGGAAUAUUGGGUUUCAAAGCGCCUGUCAUAAAGACUUUUACCCAAAUGGAGGGAUCAUCCAGCCUGGAUGCUAUCUGUCUAUAUGUGACCACAGCAGAGCUUGGGAGCUAUUUACAGAAUCUAUUGCAUCACCUAAACACUUUCCAGGUCCAUCCAAUGGCCUACGGAUGUACUUGCUUCACACCCAUAAGCUACCUCAUCGUCACAAUAUGGAUCCUAGUGGCUUUGUUCUUCGCUGCUAGCGUCGCUUUGUUCUGUGGAAUAGUGAAUGACGAUGCCCUGCUUUGCAGUAUAUGGAUUUGGUACACAUUGAUAUUCGUAGUGAUUAUGCUGAUGCUGAUGACAUUGCUGGCUCUACUGUUUACAUCUAGGAGACAGACGAGUAGAGUCUUUGUCGCGAUCUUGGGGAUGCUUUGGUAUGUCUUGACAAUCUAUUUCAUAUUAGUAGUGAACAGUCAUCGCAAAGCUCUCAGUAAAGCAGAAACAGAAGGGGCAACCAAAGCACCACCAGCAGGAGGACCAGUAGAAUCAGGGAACGAACCAACAUCAGACGCACCAUCAGGAGACGCAUCACCAACAGACUCGCCAACAGGGGACGCAACAACAGCAGAUGCAUCAACACCAGAGGCACCACAAUCAGACGCAACACCAUUAGAUACACCACCACCAGACGCACCAUCAUCAGAUGCACCAACGGAUGAGCCACCACCAGAUUCACCAGAUGCGCGAAAGGCGCUACGCAAGACUGGUCAUAAGAAAGCGGCCUUAUCUCGGUUAACAACAGCGACUGCGGCUAAACCAAUGUUGCAAUGUACAAUGGUCCCAACAAUUCGCCACAAAAAGGGCCAACGUUUGCAUCAGUAUAAGAAAAGCUUAGAAGAAGAAGAAGAAGAAGUAGUGAAACUUAUACAUCUUUCCGAGGAUAAUAAUGUGAAGGUUUAA